AUGGCAACUCAGACAACGACAACGACAGUCGGCCAACUCAAGGUCUCCGCUCAGGACCGCCCUUUCUUCACCCUCGAUGAGCUCAUCAAGAGGCGUGCACUCGAACUCGGUGAUGCGCCGUUACUUGGGUACCCCAACGAGGGCCUACUAGAUUUCGAAAAGCACAGCGCUCGCGCCGUGGACCGAUAUGUCGACGUCGCCGUACAGAAACUACAGCAUUUGGGGCUAUCUUCCGACUCCCAGUCCGACAACGCCCCCGUGAUAGGAAUCCUCGCUCACUCUGGCCUGAAUGUCGUCAUCACCAUUAUGGCUCUCAGCAGGCUAGGUUACGCAGUGUUUCUUCUCUCCGCAAGACUUCAGAGCCCGGGAAUUGCCCGCCUUUGUGAGUUGGCGGACUGCGGCGCCAUGCUCACCACAUCAAGUUUUCACCCUGUCCUAGCCGAAGUCCAGGAGAAACGGAAGCUGGAUAUCUUACCGUUGCUUUCGCACUCUGACUACUACGGCAAAGAUGCGCCCGUGUUCUCUAGAGCCUACGAUCCGGAGCGAGAAUCGACGAAGAUUGCCGCCAUUAUACACUCCUCCGGUUCGACAGGCCUUCCAAAACCUAUCUAUCUUACUCACAAGAGCUGCAUCGGGGCCUUUUCCGUUCACAUGAACAUGCGAGCCUUCAUUAAGCCCAUUUACUAUGGCAACUACAGCUUGCCUUUGACGAGGCAAAGCCUUGUCCAGAUGAUCAACUGUGUCAAGCCUGAGAUCUUCCACGUCGUUCCUUACGUCGUGAAGCUACUAGCCGAAACAGACGAGGGCAUCCGCGCUUGGGCAAGCGUGAAGCUCGUUCUCUUCGGGUGUAGCAGCUGUCCAGACGACCUUGGUGACCGUCUGGUCAAAAACGGAGUCUACCUCGUCGGCAACUACGGAUCUGCCGGUGCGCCUGCAAAAGUUUUGAGGACCGGGCAGCUUGUCGGUGACAGUAAGGUUGGCGAGUGGAAUACGACAGAGGGUAUCCCGUUGAUGAUCCAAACGGCUGUCACGCUCGGUGCUCUACCGAAUCUAGACGAAGAGAUGACUUGGUUGCCGGUCGAUCAUGCUGCGACGGCCAUCUUGGAACUCGUCAAUGCCUACACCACCCCGCAGCCCAGCGAGCGCGAUACCGAUCCCGACCUGGUGUACCACAUCCUUAACCCUACGCGCUUCCACUGGACUCGUGAUAUGCUCCCUUCUUUGGCCAAAGCCGGUCUGCAGUUUGAGAGUCUGCCGACAGCUCAGUGGAUGGACAAGUUGCGGAAGUCUGAACGGGACCCGAAAAAGAACCCGCCUAUCAAGCUCCUGGACUGGUUCGAGAGUAAGUAUGGACGCACGGCUUCUGCGAAUAAGGGCGUUCUAGCAUACAUGACUGAGAAGACUGAGAACGACAGUCCUACGUUGAGAGGACUAUCGGAUGUCACUGAUGUAGAAUUCAUCACGAAGUUGGUGGAGAGGUUGAAGGCUAGAUGGGCGGCGGAAGGUGCGUGA